CCGGGUACUUCAUUCGCUUCUUCCUUUCGCGCCGGGUAACCGGAGAGCUGUGCGUCCAUGUGCGCAGUGCCUGGAAGCUCACAAGACAUCUGAACAGCCUCAAUCAGCCGAGCGAGAUUUUGUUUUUCUCUCCCCCUCCCCAGCGAUGGAUCCCGAGGUUUUGGUCGAGGCCCUGCGGGGCACCAUGGACCCCAAUCUGCGAGAGGCGGCCGAGAGACAACUUAGCGAGGGUCACACCCAGGUAAACUUUUUAUCUACUCUGCUGCGCAUCACCAUGACCGAUCAGCUGGAUUUGCCAGUCAGGCAAGCAGGUGUGAUUUACCUGAAGAACAUGGUAACCCAGCACUGGGGCGGUGGAGAUGGUUCUUCCACAGAGACACCCGUCAAUAACAUCCCUGAUGAAGACCGACUAUUCAUUCGAGACACCAUAGUGGAGGCUAUCAUCCACUCACCUGAGCGCAUCAGAGUCCAGUUGACAACAUGUAUCCACCACAUGAUCAAGCACGACUACCCCGCCAAGUGGACGACCAUCGUGGACAAAAUUGGCUUCUACCUUCAGUCCGAAAACAGUGCAGGAUGGCUCGGCAUCUUGCUUUGCCUUUACCAGUUGGUGAAAAACUACGAAUACAAGAAGCCUGAGGAGCGUCAGCCUUUGGUGGCUGCCAUGCACAUCUUCAUGCCCAUGUUGAAAGACCGUUUCAUCCAGCUUCUUCCAGACCACUCCACUGACUCCGUCCUCGUACAGAAACAGAUCUUCAAAAUCCUCUAUGCCCUUUUCCAGUAUAACCUACCCCUGGAACUCAUCAACCGGCAGAACUUGACUGAAUGGAUGGAGAUUCUCAAGACAGUAGUGGAUAGAGACGUGCCCCCGGAGACGAUGCAGGUCGAUGAAGAGGAGCGUCCUGAGCUGCCUUGGUGGAAGUGUAAGAAGUGGGCCCUUCACAUCUUAGCUCGGCUAUUUGAAAGAUACGGAAGCCCAGGCAACACAACCAAAGAGUACACCGAGUUUGCUGAACUUUUCCUCAAGGAAUAUGCAGUGCCGGCACAGCAGGUGCUGCUGAAAGUCUUGUAUCAGUACAAGGAAAAGCAAUAUGUGGCUCCCCGAGUACUCCAGCAGACACUCAACUACAUCAACCAGGGGAUCGCUCAUGCUCUCACAUGGAAAAACCUCAAACCACACAUUCAGGGCAUCAUUCAGGAUGUGGUUUUUCCCCUCAUGUGUUACACAGACGCUGACGAGGAGCGCUGGCAAGAGGACCCCUAUGAGUACAUUCGCAUGAAGUUUGAUGUAUUCGAGGACUUUAUUUCUCCAACGACAGCCGCUCAGACGCUCCUCUUUACUGCCUGCAAUAAACGAAAGGAGGUGCUGCAAAAGACGAUGGGCUUCUGCUACCAGAUUCUCACUGAUCCCGCCACAGAUCCCAGGAAAAAAGAUGGUGCCCUCCACAUGAUAGGCUCUCUGGCAGAGAUCCUUCUCAAGAAAAAGAUUUAUAAGGACCAGAUGGAGUUCAUGCUGCAGAAUCACGUCUUCCCCCUGUUCCGCAGUGAACUGGGCUACAUGAGAGCCAGAGCCUGCUGGGUGAUCCAGUAUUUCUGUGAGGUGCGGUUCAAAAGUGACCCCAACCUGCAAACUGCUCUGGAGCUGACCCGCCUCUGUCUAAUCAAUGAUAACGAGAUGCCAGUGAAGGUGGAGGCUGCCAUUGCCCUGCAGGUUCUCAUCAGCAACCAGGACAAAGCCAAAGAAUACAUCACCCCCUUCAUUCGGCCGGUAAUGCAGGCUUUGCUGCAUAUUGUCAGGGAGACGGAAAAUGAUGAUCUCACCAACGUCAUCCAAAAGAUGAUCUGUGAAUACAGCGAGGAGGUCACGCCUAUUGCAGUAGAGAUGACUCAGCACCUGGCUAUGACAUUCAACCAGGUAAUUCAGACUGGGCCUGAGGAGGAGGGAGGAGAUGACAAGGCUGUGACAGCUAUGGGCAUCCUCAAUACAAUCGAUACCUUGUUGAGUGUGGUGGAGGACCACAAAGAGAUCACACAGCAGCUGGAGGGCAUUUGUCUGCAGGUGAUUGGCACCGUGCUGCAACAACACGUAAUCGAGUUUUACGAGGAGAUCCUGUCAUUGGCUCACAGCCUGACUUGCCAGCAGGUGUCGCCACAAAUGUGGCAGCUUCUUCCACUGGUGUAUGAAGUCUUCCAACAGGAUGGAUUUGACUACUUCACAGACAUGAUGCCUCUCCUUCACAACUAUGUGACAGUUGAUACAGACACCCUCCUCUCGGACACCAAAUACCUUGAAAUCAUGUAUGACAUGUGCAAGAAGAUCCUGACAGGUGACCCAGGGGAAGAUCCUGAGUGCCAUGCAGCCAAGCUUCUGGAAGUAAUCAUUCUGCAGUGCAAAGGUCGAGGCAUUGACCAGGUUGUGCCCUUGUUUGUGGCUGCUGCACUGGAGCGUUUGACACGGGAGGUAAAAACCAGUGAGCUGAGGACGAUGUGCUUGCAGGUGGCCAUUGCCGCACUUUACUACAGCCCCCCUCUGCUCCUCAACACUUUGGAGAAUCUGCGAUUCCCCAACAACACAGAGCCAAUCACGAACCACUUCAUCACCCAGUGGCUCAAAGAUGUCGACUGCUUCCUUGGCCUCCAUGACAGGAAGAUGUGCAUCCUGGGCCUCUGUGCUCUCAUUGAUCUGGAACACAGGCCCCAGGUCAUCAACCAGGUCGGAGGUCAGCUUCUUCCAGCGGCCAUCCUGCUCUUUAGCGGCCUCAAGAGGGCGUACGCCUGCCGAGCGGAGCACGAGAAUGAGGACGACGACGACGACGAGGACGGUGAUGACGACGACGAUAAUGCUGAGCUGGGCAGUGACGAGGACGACAUUGACGAGGAAGGUCAAGAGUAUCUGGAGAUGCUGGCCAAGCAGGCGGGAGAGGACGGAGACGACGAAGAUUGGGAGGAAGAUGAUGCGGAGGAGACCGCGCUCGAGGGAUACACUACAGCUGUAGACGACGAAGACAACUUGGUGGACGAGUAUCAGAUCUUUAAAGCCAUACUACAGAGUAUCCAGACUCGUGACCCGGCGUGGUACCAGGCACUAACUCAAGUACUCGACGAAGAUCAAGGCAAACAGCUUCUUGACAUUGGCACGCUUGCAGACCAGAGACGGGCAGCACAUGAAUCCAGGAUGAUUGAGAAACACGGCGGAUACAGGUUCACAGCACCAGUGGUGCCCCCUAGUUUUGACUUUGGAGGCACCGCUCCCGGAAUGAAUUGAGUCACCCUCUCUACUUUUUAUUACUCUGUGACUGAUUGUAGUGAAGUGAAAAAAAAGCUUGUGUUGUUCCCUUAAGUAGUGGUUCCAGAACUGGUUCUUCUCAGUCAUUCUUCAAUCUUAUCAAACGGGAAAUAGCACGAGAAGAUGCGGGAGAGCAACCAAAAUGUAACCAAUGGCUGGGGAAAACAAACCAAGAACUUGAGCACGAUGCAAGAGGAAAUGCUCUGAACAACACUGUCUUCUGGAGUCCGGUGAAGAGGGCUGUCUCGACGACGACGACUCCUGUUUUUUUUCCCCCACUAAAACAAAAUUGGGGGAUUAAACUUUAAAUUGAUAAUGGGACUAAAUAUUACAUUAUCACUGUCUUGGCCACACGGCCGUAAUAAGAUUAUACCUCUGGUGGUGGUGAUAUGUUGUUUUCAGCAUAAACGGUCCGGUUUAUGUACAUAAAAGCCAAGGUUAUUCAUUUUUCAAGUAGCCUUGAAAAGCAACCAGAGGCAUUUAUAAGGUGUCCAGAUCUGUAUUCAUAUGUAGCAUAUUGGAUACUUAAUAGCGCUAUGUGAUGCCUGAUCUCUGUAAAUUAAUGACUAGCACUUUCAUAUUGUUCAGGUCUCCUAGCCUUCUGUAUCAGACUGCAAUUUUUUUUUUUUAAAUUGAAUACUAUUUAAAAUGAACGCAGCUAUAAGUAUGUUGCGACGGCUGCUUGUCUGCAUACAGAGCGGAUCGGUGGGGGGGGGGUGGACGGACGGACGGGCGGGCGGGCGGGCGGGCGGUCAACUCGGAAACAGAUUUCUGCAAGAGGAGAAUGAUCUUGGUGUUCAGUAUGGCUACAGGACGUGUUUGUGAGCACUAAAAGUACAAUUGAUUACAUUUUUGAAGCAUGUACAAUUGGACUUAUCGUGAAGGUCUCAAGCUUUUGGUUGGUGUAUGGAUGAACCAUCUAUAUAACAACGUAUUAAAAACAAAAAGCUAAGGGAUUGUAUGACCCAGUGUGGUUCAUUAUGCUGCCAUGAUGUUGUAUCAUACACUCAGACACAAACAUUUGCUCAGUUUAGUAUCGUUUUCUGACUUAGCAAAUAUGAUGUUCACUAGGAAUUGAAAUUAUUAAAAUGGACCCGUGGCAAUUCA